AUGGCGAGCUCGACAUCUAGUUUGGCGCAGUCAACUUGUCGUUCGCUCUCAUUUCCAGCCUUGCACUUUUUCGCCCCGCCCCCGUUCUCGACUCGCUUGUUUACGUUCGACCUCGAUAUUGCAGUUGGCGACACGCAGAUGAACAACGUGGACGAUUAUCGUGAACGCGGCGGCACCCCUCCACGCCGAGGCUCUCCACCCCCUAGGCGCGGCAGCAGGUCAAGGUCUCCGAAGCGUAAUGGGGAUGGCAAGGACGGAGGACCAGACGGUACUAACCCCGGAAACAAUCUUCAUGUUUCUGGUUUGAGCAGCAGAAUCGACUCACGCGAGUUGGAAGCAAUCUUUGCAAAGGUUGGAAAGGUCAAAAAGGCUUCCGUCAUGUACGACCCUCACUCCAGGGAAUCUCGUGGAUUUGGCUUCGUCACGAUGGAGACUGUUGAAGACGCGGACGCAGCUAUCAGCCAACUCAACUCGACGGAGCAGCAAGGCAAGAUCAUCAACGUUGAAAGAGCACGCCGUGGCCGCGCCAGGACCCCCACGCCCGGUCGUUACUACGGCCCCCCGAAGCGCCCUGAUCGUCAAUAUGAACGCCCAUACGACCCUCGGCCUUACGACUCACGAUACGAGCGCGACUACCGUGGCCCGCCUUCCAGAUACGACGAAAGGAGGUCUAGCAGGUAUGAUGAUAGGCGUUAUGACGAUCGUCGCUAUGAUGAUAGACGCUACGACGACCGCCGCUACGAUGAUCGCCGUCAUGAUGAUCGUCGUUACUGA